CCAGGUGAGGCGCAAUUCAUCUCGAACGAGCCUCAUAUUUCCCACAGUACGUAAAGGCAGCUUUCCGCUACACCGGAUGCUACGUUUUCCUCCUUCCUCGACUACUACCGAUUAAGUUACCAAAUUAGCAAUGUCAGGUGUCGAGGAAAUUUCAAAUGAAUCUUUAGAAGUGAAAGAAGACAAAGAGUUUCAUGUAGAGUCUGAUGACCACAUCGAGGAUGAUUACUUUCUUGACCCGACUCGAUAUAUAUUUUUCAGAGACAGAAAGGAGUGGGCUGAUCUGGAGCCUGUUACUCAGGACGAUGGUCCAAAUCCUGUUGUGAAGAUCGCCUACUCUGAAAAGUUCUCAGAUGUGUACGACUAUUUCCGUGCACUCCUGAAGAAUGAUGAAAGAAGCGAUCGGGCUUUCGCCUUGACAGCAGAUGCCAUUGAGCUAAAUGCUGCUAAUUACACAGUGUGGCACUACAGGCGAGUAUUGCUGCAGGCGCUAUCAAAGGACCUGAGGGAGGAGAUGAGGUACAUUACUGCCAUCAUCGAGGAGCAACCCAAAAACUAUCAAGUCUGGCAUCACAGACGUAUGGUGGUAGAGUGGUUGAAUGACCCCGCGGAGGAAUUGGAGUUCAUUGCGGACAUUCUCAGCCAAGAUGCAAAGAACUACCACGCCUGGCAGCACAGACAGUGGGUCAUCCAGGAGUACAAACUGUGGGACAACGAGCUGGAGUUUGUGGAGAGUCUUCUGGAAGAAGAUGUGAGGAAUAACUCUGCAUGGAACCAGAGGCAUUUUGUAAUUUCUCACACUACAGGCUUCUCUGAUCCAGCCAUAGUGGAGAGAGAGAUUCAGUAUUGUCUGAUCCAAAUCAAGACGGCUCCCCACAAUGAAAGUGCAUGGAACUAUUUGAAAGGGAUACUGCAAGACCAAGGUCUGUCAUCUCCGCCAGGCCUGCUGGAGAGGAUCCUUGAGCUGAAGGAGACUCACUGUUCAUCUUAUCUUCUGGCAUUUCUGUUUGAUUGCUACGAGGACGUCUUGGAGAACAGCAACAAAAAAGAAAAUAUGUCGGAAGGGGACCGAAAGGAAACGUUAAGAAAGGCUCUAGAAAUUUGUCAACUAUUGGCUCAGGAGAAGGACACUAUCCGUAAGGAGUACUGGCUGUUUUUGGGACGUUCUUUAAAGAACAAAUGCUGUGGCCCCUCUGAGCCCUCGGAUGAACCUGAACCAUCCGGGCAGCAGGAGCUGAGUUAGACCACCAGGAGGCUCACAACAUUUCCCACUCCGAUCCUGCUUCAUCAGUACUGAUGAAGCAGUACCC